ACCACGGUUACUCUGCUCGAACAAAAUUGUAAAACGGAAGAUCGAAAUUCCGCCGAAACUUUUUCUUUUUAAAAAAAAAAACAUUUUGAUCGGUAUUUAUAAACGGCUUAGUUCCUAUUCGUCCAAUCUCCAAAAAAACAAAGGACUCUUUAAUAUCGUAUCUGCGAAACGAACGUGAUAUAAUAAUAAUAUUCAGUAGCGAAAAAUGAAUGCCGGAGUUUUAAACGAAAUGAAAGUGAUAAUAAAAUCUCUUGUACUUUCCUGUCCGGAAAGCAUUACUGUUCAACAACUGAAUCGUGAUUACAAAGAAACAGAAGGAGAAGACAUACCAUUUCGUCGUGUGGGCUUUGACACGCUUGAAGAUUUUCUCCAUUCUUUACCGGAUGCUAUAAAGAUCACUGGUAAAGGUUCUCAAGCGGUGGUUAAUGCUGUUACGAGUGAGAAUACAAAACACAUAGAGGAGAUGAUACAGGAACAAAAGAGGCCACGGAAAAGUGGUAGAAGGUCGGGUCGUGCACAAGUGCGUUCUCACUCAAAGUCAAUCAAUUGGCGUAAUGAACGAUCAUUUCGCAUACCCACCGACCGAAGGAAGCAAAGUUCCUGCUUUAGUAAUAAAAAUAGAUUGAAUGACCCAGAACUGACGCCGCUUCAAAUACUUGCAAGAAAUUUUCAAUUGUCACGAACAGCGACACAACGUUUCUCGCAAUGGGGUAUGGAACCCUUACCUCUCAACGCGUGGGCGCAAUUUUACAAUAAUCAAUUGCAUACGCAGAACAGUACACCUGCGCAAGUAUGGAAUUUCACAAAUCAAAUGAAUCCCUCAACAUUUGCUCGUCCAAGAAGUUCGAAAAAACCGGGCGACCACAACGUAGGAAAAAGUCGAAAAGUUUCUGCAGCAAAUGAAACUGAAAAUCUAGAAAAUCUUUUGGAAAGCAAAUGUAAUAUAGAGGAGAAUGCUACCACUACUUACACAAAUAUUCACAGUACAAAUAAAUACAAAAAGCCGGAUUUUCUUUUACCAACGCCCACACGACUUGGAACGCAGGAAAAUGAAAAUUCCACUGCGACUUAUAAAAGCGUUAACGGAACAAAUGAAUCCUCAAAGCCGCCUUUUCUUUUUCCAACGCCCACCCAAGUUAGGAAGCAAGAAAAUAAAGGUUCUAGCAUAAAUUACCCAAGUACUAACGGGAAAAAUAAAUUCCUAAGACCUGCUUUUCUUUUGCCAACGCCUCCUACAUAUGUUAGAAAGCAGGAAGGAGAGAAUAUUCCCGUAACUUUUGCAGGCAUUAACAGAUUAAAUCAAAUCUCAAGGCCAACAUUUUCUUUCCCCACGCCCACGCAAGUUAGAAAGCAAGAAGAUAAGAAUUGCGCAAGCAGCAACUGCGAAAAUAAAUUCAUAAGACCCUCUUUCCUUUUAGCAACGUCUAUCGACGUUAAAAAACAAGAAAAUGAGAAUUCUAACGCAAUUUAUGCAAACGUUAAUGGAAUAAAUCAAAUCUCAAGGUCAAACUUUCUUUUACCAACGGUUGCAGAUGGUGAAACGGUGACGAAAUCGAAAAAAGCUUUUUCUUCAUCAACAAUUACGCAAGUGAAGCAACAAACAAGGAUGUCGCCUCUUAAAUCCAAACAUAUUUGUCCGCAAAGUAAUGAGCUUCAAAAUAACUCAAACAAAUCAAAGACAACAUCUUUAUAUGAAGACCUAAUUGAUAUGGAGAGUGUAAUGGGAAAUUCUCCAAAUGCUGAACAAUCAACUACAAUAAUUACGAAAAUGAGUGGAAGUACCUCUCCUGAUCGCUCCAAUUUCCUCAAUGAUUUAGAUGAAGCCGUGCCUAAAUGCGCUACUAAUGGCUUUCUCUUCUGUUUGGAUUUUCCCAAUGGUUUAAUAGCGUAUGGCGAUAAGAUACCUACUACUGAAUUAUCUAAAGAUUUUUGUGUGGGUUCACGUUUAAAAAUAUACGUAACAGAGAUUCACAAUCCUUUUAAAUUCUGGUUUCACAUGCAACAAGAUGAGAACCCAUUGGAUACAUUAAUGCAUCGAAUUGAUCUAAUCGAAAAUCGUUUUGCUUUAUAUGAUCCCGAGUGGGAAGAGUGCAAUAUUCAAAAGCAUAACGGAAAACGCUUACGUCAUCCGCGAGAAGACUUCCCAACGUUUAUAAUGUUGGAAUCGGGUGAGUAUGCCAAUCUUGAUGAAUUGAUUUACUUAGAAGAGCUCGGUAUAGACUAUGAAGCCAUUUAUGACCGCAAUAUAUAUAAUACAUCGUCCAUUCUAAAUAAACACCAGGAUGCGACCCCCCAACUACGAGAAUUACCGUUCUAUCUGUUGUCGACAAAUCCGUUUCGUAUCGAGAUUAUGUUAGAACUGAUUGGUAUUAAAACUUUACAUUAAUCUAUAUAUAUUGGACACGUUCGUUUGCCUACAACGUUAAUCUCAUUUGAAGCCCUUUUACAAAAUUUAUUAAGCGACUUAUGUAACAUAUCUUGUGUUAAAUUUGACAAAGCUCGU